GGUCGGACGGCGGCGGACGGAGAAGUGCACGGGCUUCCGACAGACGACGGACGACACGCAGCCAUGCCCGGCUGGGGAUACGGAUCCAAGAACGGUCCUCAGACAUGGUCGAGACAGUUCCCUGUGGGCGAGGGGAAGCGCCAGUCUCCGAUCGACAUUGUCACCGAGAAGACGCGGCCUGACCCGGUGCUGGAGACUAGCCCUCUGGAGAUCAGCUACGACCCCAGCGACCAGCAGAGCAUCGGCAACACAGGUCACGGCUGGAAGGUGGACUACAUGGGCGGCCAGUCCUCCAUCCGCGGCGGCCCCCUGGAGGGCACGUACGCGCUGGCUCAGUACCACUGCCACUGGGGCCGCGAGGACGAGCGGGGCUCGGAGCAUACCGUCGACGGCCACAAGUACGCCGCUGAGGUAAGAGCUGGCUGCAGGGCCAUGGCGGAACAGCUGAGGUGGCAACUGUCUCCUGGUCACAGGGGAGGGGUUGAGAUGGAAACUGUCCACCAGGCACAGGGGAAAAGCUGAGGUGGCAACUGUCUC